GUACACGCCCGAUAAGGGCCCACGAGACGAGAUCCACAGCCCCCACCAGAUUCGCGUAUAGAGAUCGCUCGACGGAAUCCGGAAGCAACCGAGUCGAACGCCGAGCGGCGAAGCACCGGCACGAUACCGCCGUUGCCGAUUCAACCCCUCCGGAAGCGUGGAAGCGAGCGAUGGCGGCGUCGGAGAAGCCCGUCCGGCCCUGGACGGCGGCCAGCACGUGGGCCCCGGCCGGCGGCGGGGCCUUGGAGGACGCCGUCUCGUUUGAGACCUCGGACGACGACGCCGAGGCGUCCCCCGCGGGCGUCGUGCUCUCUCGCCCGCCUCCCAACGGGGACGGCGAUGCCCCUUCCUGCGAGGUCACUGUUAGUUUCAGGAGAAAGUACGAGAUUCAUAGGGUCUAUGUGCGGAGCACAGCUCGGAUUUAUGAAAUAUACCAAUCUACCGACACAAAGGGUACCAGCAAGGAUUAUCUAUGCACUGUACGUUGUGGACUUGCCGUUAAAGAACCUCAGCCCUCAGGUGAAGAAAGUAUGGCCCAAUGGAGUAGCAGUGCUUCAACUAGUGAAAAGCGUGAUAAUGAGACGAAAAGCGUAAGCAGUAGCAGUGAUGAAGACAGCUGGGUUGAUGUCAAAAUCCCAGAGUAUUCUGUGGGAAACAACAUAUCAGAAUCUCAAGAAAGGCAUGCAAUUGGAACCUGCCAAGAAAAUACACUGGCACACUAUGAAGCAACUGCUGAAAUGACUGAUGUGAGCCCAUGUGUAUCUCUUACUAUCCGUCUUCUGUCACUUCAAUCAAAAACUUCAGUGCACAUUGAGGAGAUCUACAUAUUUGCUGAUCCUGUUGAGUCCACAAAUGAUAAUUCAGUAAAAGGUCCUGGAAACUUGGGAGGUAGUUCUUUGUUGGCCAUGCUUGUUCCUGGCCUUAUGCAAAUGCCAAAAUCAAGGAACCGUAAAAUUGAUGAUGGAUAUUUUUCUCAUGGAUCAAGGACUCAACUUACCCAAGAUUGUGCAAUAAAAGAGAACAGCCCAUAUGAAAAGAUUGCACAGGAAGCAGGUACAUGUAUCAGAGACAAUUCAAAAAAUAAGCCAGCAGGGAUCGAAAGCGAAAUAAGUCCUACAGACAGAGGGACAGUAUCUAAUGAAAAAAGCAACCAAUGUGGAUUCCAGUUAAAGGAUCCCAAGUCCCUUCCUUUGCCUGUACAGACAACAGAAAGUAAACAAGUGCCACCAAUGAAGGACCAACGACUAUCAAAUAUAGAUCAGCUUGCUAAUCCCCUCUUGAGUGAUAAUUUUACUCCUUACACUCAUAUUGAGAGAAAGCUGGAUACUCUGCUCUCUAAGGUAGAGAAGAUGGAAUUAUAUUGCUCUAGGUUUGAGGACAGCAUGAUAAAGCCCCUCGGCAGCAUUGAGGCAAGGCUUCAGCGACUGGAGCAACAGUUUGAUUCAUUCUCUGUGGAGAUUCAGUCUUUACAAGGUUCUUCUGCAAGGAUAUCAGCACCAGAUGAUCUGUCUGAUAUGACUAACUCACAAGAGAAAGCACAUAAUGAUGGUAAUGCUACAACUCCUGCUUCUAUAACUGACAAGAAGCCAGGUUUAGCUCUCAGGGCGCCAUAUUUUUCUUCUGAAGAUUCUUGUGGUUAUAAUGUAACCAAUGAAAAUCAAGUUAACUUCCGUGGGCCUAACAUGGUGCAAAGACUGCUUGUGAAGGUCCCUGAUUUUAUUUCUCAACGCGUGUUAACUGGUGAAAAGCUUCACGAUGGGCCUUUCUCACCAGUUGAAUAUGCUCUAUCUUCUGAAAAAGAACGUAAGACUUCCCCAGGUUUAGUUGUCAAGGUUCCUGAAUUCCCAGAUGAUGAUGAUGACGAAGUGGAGGAAGAGAAAGAAGCAGAAGUUGGUGAUCAUGAUGAUGGUCACACACAAUAUGAUGAUACUCCGAGCAAAAGUGCCGUUGACAGCUCCAAAAGCAAAAAACCUGUGUCUAUCAAUGGUGCAUUAGCUUCCGCAUUGGAGGCAUUGUCCACUUCCACCAAAGGAACGCCAUCUUUAAAGUCUGUUGUUUGCACUGCCAGUAAUUUAAGUGAUUCCUCGAGUUGUUCUCUUUGUCCUGAAAAAAUUGAUGAGAUAUCCAUUAAAGAUGGUUCAGCUGACCAAUUUCCGGGUGCAUCUGGCAUUGCAAAUUUGGUCAGUACCUUCCUAUCUUAUCAGGAAAUUGAUGCAGCUCCACAUACUUCUCUUUCAAAGGCAAUGUUGGAUGACAAGGUUGAGGUAAAUGAACUGAACAAUGAUCUCAAUUCAGACAAGGUGGCAUUUGCUGCAAGCACAGAAUCAUUGGAUGUUCCUUCACAGUCUCAUUCAGUUGAGGAAUCUAUUGAUGAUGGAAGUUGGGUAAAUGAACUGAAAAAUGGUCCUAAUUUUGACACAAUGCCAUUUGUCGCAAGCACUGGACCUUUGGAUCCUCCUCAGCCUCCUACAGUUUUUGAAGCAGUUGAUAAUGAAGCUCAGGUGAAUGAAAAUAGACCUGCUGUAUCCUUAGCAGAGUAUCUUGCAGCAAGAAAUGCUAGCUCUUGUAAGAAUGGUACUUCUGAGGUAUGCUGCAGUAAUGAUGGUGUUGAGAAACUGCCCUUUGAGAGAACAUUGGCUGGAGCUGGUAAAAACUCGAAAAAUAUCAGUCAAAUGCUAGUGAAGAAUGCUCUUGAGGUUGAUGCGGAUGACAGAAAACUAUUUUGUAGUGUACCCAUUGGGGCAAACUUUGAAGGAUCAAGCUAUAAAGCUCCUUGCAAUGCUGCUAAUGGGCACAAUAUCAGUACAAUAGAAACUAUGUCAGAUAAGGACUGUGGCCUGGAGAAUACAGAGAACAGCUUUAAGCUUUCUGUUGGGAUGGACUCUAUAUUUAGUCAGUGUAGUGCUAUAAAAUCCAAGAAAAAAUGGAUUGAGAACGGCAGCUUGGACUGGAGCCUAGAUGAGAGCUUCUCGAAACUGAAUGCGGAAUAUUCCUUGUCAAAUUGGAGCAGUAUGGAGUCGUUUAGUGGUGCACCUGCCAAAGAACCUGUUGUUUCAGUGAAUACCACAUCAGGAAAGUAUGUGGAAGAUCUUCUUGCAAUUGGAGUUUGUUCCAUUGCGACUCCAACUGCUGGGGAAGAGCUGCAAAAGGUUUGUGACUUGUUUUAUGAGUACAAGGAUGACAUGUUGGGCAUGACCUCCACAGCGAAGAGAACAAGUAAGAGCAGCCCAUCUCUUGAAGUGUUGCUUGGCGAAUCAUCUGAUUCUGAAGCGCAAAUUUCUGAUCUGGAGGACAUUGACAAUGAGGCCAGCAUUGGUUCAGCUCAAUUGUUUAGUACAUUCUCAUCUUCAGAUGAUGAUGCUACUGCUGCGGACAAACCUUUAGUUGAUGUUGCUGACCUGACCACACCAUCAGAGCCAUAUGCUUCUGCCCUCGACGAGCCUUUGUUUGAUGUGGCUGAUCUGACAAACCCUUCAGGGACACAUGCUCAUGCAGUGGAUGAGCCUUUGGCUGAUGCGUUUGAUCCUCCAAACCCUUCAGAGACAAAUGCUUCUGGCGCAAACGAGCCUCUGGCCAACGGAGAUGAUAUGUCUGUGGAGACAGUUGCUGGAGGGAGCAGCGGAGAACAUCUUGACAGUCUUAUAUAGGUUCACCGCAUACCGUUCUACACCACAGAAAAUAAGCUUCUGAACAUAUAUUCUUGCUGCACUACUUUGAUGGUGUGUUCUGUGCAGCUAUCAUCGUUUCCUUCCAAGCUCACGCAGUUUUUCUCUGUACAUAAAUAAGUCUUGGUGCCAGCAACGAUGUUACUAAAUACUAGUAUGCCUAAACAGGGUACCUUUGGGCUGCUGUCGUGUCGUCUAUACGACCCGACGCUUGUCGAUGUACUUUUUACUGUUGACCGCUCAUCCUAAAUCUCUGAGCAUUACAGGAAAACAACAGUUACCAGACUGGCUUUAUAUCGGCA